GUGAAUAGCCUUGUACCAUGUGACCUCUGUGAUCAUUCACAGAUUUCACACAUAGUAAGCAAUGAUGUCAGAAGUGACAUCUUGCUUACUACUUUGCAUGUGAUCACUGAUUGGCCAAUCAGUGAUCACAUGAUCGGGAUCUCGUACAGAGGUCCCGUCGACGUCAUUGAGAAGUACUGAGUGAGCUGUGAUUGGUCACAGCUUGUCACAUGGUACAAGGCUUUUGUGAAUAGCCUUGUACCAUGUGACCUCUGUGAUCAUUCACAGAU